GUUUCUCUCUCUGCAUUGUGCUGGCUUCCUCUGCGUUUUAAUUGCUCUCUCCCCUCCUGUAGCUGAUCAAAAUCACAUCAGUGAAUUCUGCUUUCUUCUUUUUCUCUUUCUGCCAGCCGCUCGCAUGCACACAUGGCACGGAGCAGGCUGACAUCACUUGACAUCUCCGUGCUUCCUCAUUUCAAUAUUAACUGUUUACCAGAAGAGAAACUGGUUUGGCGCGGGGUUGCUACGUUCACGCGUGCCUCUGUGUGUGAGCAAGAGCUUUUUUUCCCCUCUCUGUCCCUUCACAGCUAUAGGUCAUUACACCGAGCUGCCUGAAACUGCCUGAUGCUAUUUUUCACCUGCGUGACUUUAGAAGAGACAGCUGUGUGGAUGUGCUCCCUUUCUGCCUUGGCUGGGGCAUAGGAACAACUGCAAAGCCCGGUGCUGCCGCUGCCAUCUGAGAGCCAACCUGCUGAAGGACCUUUGCCCUCCCCAGGCCGAUAAUAAUGACACAGAUGCAGUUUAAAGAUGCAUUUUGGUGCAAGGAGUUCACCUUACACACUGGCUUUGAGGUGCUUGUACAGCGACUGCUGGAUGGUAGGAGGAUGUGCAAAGAUGUGGAGGAUUUGCUCAAGCAAAGAGCUCAAGCAGAAGAGAGGUACGGGAAGGAGCUGGUUCAAAUUGCCCGAAAAGCAGGAGGACAAACAGAAAUCAACACACUGAAGGCAGCAUUUGAGAAGCUCAAGCAACAAAUUGAAAGUGUUGGAAACUCUCAUAUCCAGCUGGCAGGAAUGCUGAAGGAUGAACUGAAAGGAAUAGAGGAGUUCCGAGAAAGGCAGAAGGAACAAAGGAAAAAGGUGAGGAACCAGCCAAUCUUUGAUACAGAUUGGGUCAGCGGUCCAUUCUGACGGCCUACCUUCAGCCAUAGGCUGUGAAUACUGCAAAAGAUAAUAAAAUGUGCCCAGGGUACCCUUCUCUUUCCACACACUAGACUGCAGAAGAAAGCCUCUUUCUAAUCCCAGCUAGAAAUUAAGUAAUGCUCUGAACUCCGGAGACAGAGGCUUUAGUCACUUUUACUGCCUCUGCUGUAACUGCUGAUGCUAUUCUUAUUCAUGUAAGAACUUAAUCCAUCCUUUACUCUUUUUUAUAUCCUUGCUAAUUGCAUUGCUUUGGCAUGAUCCUGCAUGAUCUCUAACAUGCACUAAAAUAAAGAGAUAACAUAAGCAUCUAAAAUCAUAGAAGAAAAAUGAUUGUUAAGCAGAAUGCAGCACAUACACCGAAUACUUAGAAUAGCAUCAAGUUGAUGCUGUGCAGUGAAGUUCAGAGAACAUUCAAAGCUAUCUCAUGCUCUGUGAUCUCCUUAUCUCCAAAUCCCCAGGAGAAGAAAGAAAGAAAGAAAGAAAGAAAGA